UCUUCUCGCUCGCCUUGCACGCCGGGAAACCAGCAGUCACUUCUCCGUCAUGGCGUCCCGUGUCCUAGCGCAGUGUGUCCGCUCGCUUGCCCGGCCCUCGGCGAGGUUUUCGGCGGGCAGCCUGGCCGUAAGAGUCGCUGCCGCCCCGGUCACGGCGGCCCACCGGCCCCUCUCCUUCGUGUCCAGCCAGCAGCGGCCGCGGUGGCUGGAGCAGAGCCGGAUCUCCUCAGUGGGUGUGUUGUGCAGACAGUACGGUGACCUGCCCCCCCUCACCCUGGAGACCAUCAAAGACCGCGUCAUGUACGUCCUCAAGCUUUACGACAAGAUCAACCCCGAGAAGCUGCAAACCUCAUCCCACUUCAUGAAAGAUUUGGGCCUGGAUAGCUUGGACCAGGUAGAAAUCAUCAUGGCCAUGGAGGAUGAGUUUGGGUUCGAGAUCCCAGAUGCAGAGGCAGAGAAGCUGAUGACUCCUGCAGAGAUCGUACAGUACAUCGCAGACAAGAAGGACGUUUAUGAAUAGUGUCGCGUGUAGCACAGUUCACAGAGGGUGACCCUGACGUGACCUCACAGGAAGUCCUCGUGAAGCAGAUGGCCGCCAAACCAUGUUCCACUUGCUCCUCAGCCCCCUGUCCUGCGGCGGUGUUGGUGUCAGCUGCCUUGUCUUGUGUUUGACUGUAUUUAAAUGAACAUGUCCAUACACUUUGGGAGCCUGGAGACUAAACAGACAGAACAGUAUAUAAGGUUCAAUUACCACCUUUUUGUUUUAUUUUAUUUUUCUUCCAGCUCCAACUUGUGGUUCUGAUGUAUAAUUUCUCAUGAAUAGAAAAAUAAAAACACUUACUGUAAA